AUGUCUCUACGUUCGUUUGGCAUUCUGCUCACCGCCCUAGUACUGUGCGCUGUUAGAGUUUCAGCUUCAGGCAGCGCUUAUGCGCCCAUUGCCCUGAUGCUACCCUCUUUCACAAAGGAAUGUCUCUAUUUUGAUUUGACGUCUCAGGACGACUCUGUUGUUAUGAGUUAUCAAGUGCUCACGGGUGGAAAUUUCGAAAUCGACUUCGAAAUCACAGCGCCAGAUGGUGCUGUACUUGCCACUGAAAAGCAGAAGAAAUAUUCAGACUUCCUUUUGAAAUCUUUUGGUCUGGGCCAAUAUUCGUUCUGCUUUUCCAACAGCUACGGUACAGCGCUGAAGAAGGUCGAAGUGACCUUAGAACUCGAGAAGGAGACCCUGGGUGCCAAUUCCGCUCCUGAAGACGUUCUCUCCAGUCAUUCGAUCGAAGAGAUCGAGAGAAACCUCUCAAAAAUUAGCAAAAUGAUGAACUACCUAAGAGCUAGAGAAUGGAGAAACAUGGACACCGUCAAAUCUACGGAGAGCAGACUCGUAUGGAUGUCAAUGCUGGUCAUGGGACUCAUGGUCGGUAUCAGUGUCAUUCAAGCAACGAUCGUGCAGUUCUUGUUCAAGGACCGUCAAAAGAAUUAUGUUUGA